CUAUUACAAGAACUUAAUGAAAGUAGAAUUUAUGCUUUGAAACAAAUAUGGAAUGAAUAUGUUGAUCUUGAGUUGAAUGUAUUGAGAGAUUCCAAAACACACUUGGAUUUAUCUUGUCAAACCAUAAAAAAGAUUGACGCUCAUACGGAUGCGCAAUUAUUCAUAAAGUAUAACGAAAAAAGUUGGAAAGAUCCGCCAGAUUUUGUAUUUGAGUCUUCUCCAACAUUUGCAGACACACUACCCAAUCUGAUUUCGGCAAUAGAAGAAAAAAGGAAACAAAUUAUUGGGUUGAAAUCGUUAAAAGAAGCUUAUGGAAAUAAUCCUAAACUAGGUGAUUUCGAUGCUGUUACUGAUGUACGUGAAACGGACGGACGAAGUCAUAAUUUUAAAAAUGCCGCAUUUACUAUUCCGACAACAUGUGAUCUAUGCCAGAAUACAAUUUGGGGCAUAGCGAAACAAGGAUUUACUUGUAAAGGAGAGCUUAAUCGUGGUACAAUAACAAGCAGGACUUCUUCAACUAUCGUAUCUCCUUGGGGAACCAUGUCUGGUAAAAAGGGUGCUCGUAAACGCGUUAUUGGUGAAACUCUAUCAUCUUCCACUGAUGAAUUGAGUGUUACUACUGGUGACGUCAUCACAGUUAUAGAGCCAGAUGGUAAUGAAUGUAAUUUGGCAUUACAUAAUGGACAAGAUGGAUUGGUUCCAGCAUCUUAUAUUGAAUAUCAAACUUUGGAUAGUAACGAUUAUG